AUGUGCGACCGUAUGCUCGACCGUGUCCUCGUCGCAGUCACAGUGGUGACACUCCAUCGUCGGUUCCCUCCGGGCGAUGCGAUGCAAGUACCGGCCGAAACACCCAUGGCCGGUAAGCACCUGCGUCAACCGGAAGAAAUUGUAACACUUAUNAAAGUCGAAAAUCCAGAAGCAAUACAGAUUAUCAGCGAAAUUUUAAAUGCAGUUUUAAUGAAACUGUUUGAUUUACAUAAAAAUAUUGCUAACGGUCCGGUUAGUCAUGAUUUCAAUGUCAACAAAAUACAACAAAACGCCGAAGAGGAAUUAAAAAAAUAUUUAUCACAAGAUAAUGUCAGCAUAAACUUAUUUAAUUUAUCGCAAGAUAAUUUAACGAAUAAGAAGGACUCCUUAAUAAAUAUAUUCGGAAACAAAAUCGAGAGCCCAGAAAACAAUCAUGCAUUUAGUAAAACGAUAUUGUUUAAUAAGUAUAUGCAGAACACUCCUGAAGUUAAUCCAAUUACGAACGCGUUAGCGGACUACAAUCUGAAAAUGCAUCCAAAACAAGUGAAUGCCGAUCAAGAUUUACUAAAGUUUGGUAAUGAUAAUAAUCUUCCCUUAAUUUCUAACAAACAAAAUCAACCGAUAGAUAGUCUUGUAUUUAAAAAUACUCCUAAUACAUUAACGGAUAAACCAGUAUUAGAAGACUUCGAACAAUAUUUGAAGGUCGUUAAUAAUUUAAAUAAAGCACAAACGAUUGAUAAACCCGUUGAAAAUGUUGAAACAAAGGCAAUACCAAACGAAUUACAGAAGAACGGGGCUGGUAAUGGUAUUCUAGAAUUAAUGAGUAAAUCACCAUAUUGGAAUCAAAUCCAGGAAAUAAAUCAACAACAGAAUGUCCCAUAUCCAUCGUUCAACAAUAAUCUAUUACAAUUACAAACAAUAAAAAACACAGAUCAAAAUAAGAUGAAUAUGGAAACCAUUCAACACAAUAUAGAUACGAACAAUAUAAAUAUAGACGCAAUGAAGAAUAAGGACAUCUUUGUAGAAUUAACGUACAUAUUCAAUAUCGAUCCAUUUGUUCAAACAAAAUAUGUGAAAUACCGAGUACCAAUAAUUAAACUUUACGAAUUACUUCUCAAAAAACCGAUAUUAAAAGAUCAACCUACAAAUUUAUACCACGAUCUAGUUUUAGUUGCGAAUGUGUCUGAUGUAUCAGCUGAUCUCCAAAAAUAUUCAAAAGAGGACCUUUUAACGUUAACGCUAAGUAGUGGCCGAUUGUCGACAGCUAAAAUGAUCGAAGAAAACAACAUAGACAAUCAGUUGCAUGUAUUACAAAAAUUGAUGUGCAAUGUGGAGCCGAAAGACAUUCUGGAAUUACAUAAACAAAAUAUCUUAAACGGUAAUGGCGACAACUUGAAAAUGCAGCAGAGCACAAGUCCUUCCCAAAAUUUGAAUAUGAACAGUUUAGUUUCUAAAGCUUACUAUCAGCAGCCGCUUUGGAAUAAUUGGAAGGCCAGUUUGGCCCCAAAUUUUCUUUAUUCUAGGUACCUUACUAAACCUGUACAAUAUUUUUGGCAAUAUCCAGCCCCUAAUACUUUACCUGCGCCUACAAUGAUUUAA